AUGGGAAUGCAAGAUAAGAUUUUCGUUGGGGAUCGACCCCAGACCCCAGAAGACUACCUGAAACAAUUUGCUCUGAGUAUGGGGUGGUCAGCAGCUGCAUUCUCAAGAAAUAGACGCCAGGGGGCUCUACCGGUUUCAUCCCGAGGCCCUAAGACACUCAAGGAGCUUGCUCCAGCCGCCCAGAUGUUCAAACCAAGAUUCUGUGAAGGAGCCGUGCAGAGAGACUGGACGACAACAGACAUUGAACAGAUUGUAUCCAAAUCAAAUUGGAGUUGGGAUGAAGAGGCUUCGCCUUCAGAGGAUAUACGUGUGUAUUCUAUGUCCCGAAGCAUGACGAAAGAACAGAAGAAAGCAACUCCAGGAGCAGUUAAUGCCGCCGAACUACUGAAACAACUCCGGAACACUUUACACAAGGAAUCUUUGGAGCUCAGCAUACCAUAUCUCUCAUUUCAUCGAAUAUGCUGGUCGGUUCUUCGCAGUAUUCAUGAACACUGUCGUCCAACUCUUCGAAAUAUGUUUGGGGGCGGCUACAUGGAAAGGGAGAAUCAAUUGCCUUUCGUAGUGGGAUACAUAUUUAUGGCCGCGUCAAAUACCCAAACGCUCUCAGGUUUGCUAGGGGCUAAAAAAUCGGAUGAAGUUACCAGCAAGUUACUCUCCGAAGCAGCAACUGCUAUGGAUGAGUGUAUAACGACUGUUGGCAAGCAGUGUUGUGACAUGCUGGAACGACUUAAUUUUCGUUUCAUAGAUGGCAUGGACGAUGAGGUGGAAAAGGAAGGAGAUAAAGAUAAAAAUGAAAACAACUGA